UCAUAGCAUAUGUGCCCUGAGAGUAAGUAAGUCAACAGGUAAAUAAGUGUCAACAGCAGCACAACGUCUCGUGUAAGCUGUGUUUAAACUCUAUGGUUUACGUGGUUGACACAGUAUCCGUUGAUUAAGAAGAUGUCGGGGAACUUGCAAACGCAAGUUUGGACGCGCCGGUAAUAUACAUCAAUGGGCAUCGGCAACCAAGCCUAACAUGGCUAGCUGCAUGGUUGAACUUCACAUCUGGUCCCUCAAGUCAUCGGUCACAAUCAGAGAUAUUGAUGUUGGCUGUCACACCUAUCAUGACAAGGGAGAAACAGUUGUUACAGGUUACCUGGACCAGAAACAGCAAUAUGCAGAAAGUAGAGACUUGCUCUGGACACCCAAGAACAGACGACCAGAGAAACUCAGAGACCUACUCAAAGAAGUUGAGGAUCUAUUGACAAGCCACCAGGUAGUGUUCACAAGAUGGAGAUCGAGGCGGCAAUUCCAGGUCAUGCUGAGUAAUUGUGUCCUGCUGUCGUUCCAAGUAUCGGCGCAUAGCGGCGAUGUGGAGCGCAUUCUCAUAGACAAAACGCUACAGGGGAAAUUCUGUUCUGAGAACAUUAACAGCGCUGUUGUGACAGACUCCUUCGUUGUUUGUACCUUUCCCGAUAAACCCAAACUCGGGUAUGCGUACUUCAGUAAGCGACCCUCCUCUGGGCAAGAGACUGGGAAGAAGAUGGACAAGAUGUCUUCCUACGAUCCAAAGAUAACCCAUGUAGACCUACCUGGGGUUAAGACCAAACGAGAGAGAAAGCUGUCCGUCAAUGUCAGCCAGGAGUGGGUGUUAGUCUGGUGCUGUACUGGCAGGGAUGAUUCCUCAGCCUGGCCCUGGACUCCUAUGACUAGUGACAAAGAGAGGGCUAAUGUCUUCCUGUAUGCAGUCAAUGGAUCCAAACUGGAAGAGUUGUGUUUUGUCAGCACUGAGUAUGAACCUCUGGAUGUCACCUUCAGUCAUAGUCAACCAAGACACAUCUAUACUUUGGAAGGGGUUUCAUCCUCCACGUCCGGAGAUUACAACGUAGAUACUUGCAUUUAUGAGUGCUCAAAACAAGGGUAUAUUCAAAGAGCUACUGUUACUACAAUACCACUCAAAGCCAGAGUUGUUGCGCACGGGCGAAACCACUCUGAAGACAAGUUAAUCCUGGGCUGUUCAGAUGGCAAGUUGGUGUUGUAUGACGAGAGCAAACGAGUCACUCAGUUCGUACAGUCAGACUUGGUGUCAUCCCUGAUCACAUGGCACCCUGCAGGUAGUCUGGUCCUUGUCUCUGGCAACAAAGGAGAAAUUCAGUGUUUCGACAUGGCUCUGAACCCUCUCAAUCUACUCACCGUCGGGGAGACAUCUCGCAGCUUACCGACGUUACAACUCACAAAGUGUUUCAGAUCCCCGGUCACAAUUGGAACCCUCGUGUGGAGCCAUUCCACCAGUUUAUCUGACUGCAUUGCCGAUGCCCAAGAUUCUCUUUUGAUGAUUUUCAAUGGUGGCCCCAUAUCAAUCUUGCAGCUUCACCUGGGAGUGCUUAGUAGAGGCCAGUUGGGGCCACAGGAACUCAUCCAGCAGUACCUGAACCAUCAACAAAUCAACGAGGCUGUUAACCUAUUGAAUGUGAUGAACUGGAACACGGACAGCGGUAGCUGCUUUACCUGCCUGACCACCAUCAUCAAUAAUCUCUUGAAGCUACCACUCAACCCUGACAGGGAAGCUGCCCUAGAGGCUAGUCUGGGCAGCUUCUACGCCCCUCUAAGGCCCCUGUCUGAGGUGAUCGUAGUGGACUACCGCGACCCCAUCAGUCGUCUGGCGCGGCGAUUCUUCCAUUAUCUGUUGAGGUAUCAGCGCUUUGAGAAGGCCUUCUUGCUUGCCGUUGACCUCCACUCAAGAGACCUCUUCAUGGACAUUCACUAUCUUGCAUUGGACAAGGGAGAGAUGGCCCUAGCGACGGUCGCUAAGCAGAAAGCAGAUGAGAUUGAGCAAGAGAUGCCUUCUGAAUCAGAUAACUUUGACUCUUUGAGUGAUUCCGUUGAAGAGGAGGAUUUCUCCAGUGAUUCUUACAGCAGCGGGAGCGAAGACCAACCUCGACCUGCAUCCCCAGCAAGAGCUACAGGAGCAUCUGGUAGAGAUGAGAAACAGAGAGGCCCAGGAUCCAGCAGGGCCUCGCCCGAGCCUGUCAGAGCAGGCAGACACAUUGAACGAGAGGCGUGGUACCAGGCUGAAGAGCAGAUUGACGUCGCCUAUGGUCUGGGGUCUGAUUUAGAGGAAAUUCACCUUGAUGCCUCGGAAGGUCUUGCCAGUAUCCCUGGAGAUGUCUACACCCAAGUACUGACAGACAAUCCAUUCGGAUGGGACAACCAAAAGCCUGAUGAUGACCAGAGGAGCAGAGAAGCCCCAGAGGCAAGAGGCGGGAUAGUCGAGGAAGGUGAAGGACAGGAAAGAAAGGAGGACGGAACCACCAAGACGGUCAAAGUCAUCCAUUUUGGCAUGGUGUGACACGUACCCUCCACCCCAACCCUGCCCGUGGGUUUCAACUGUCCACUUUGCUAGUAUGUCAAGCCACUCCAGAUUGCUAAACUAAGCUUCAGACAUGAUUUAUGUGAACUAUGUGCUGAAACAGAACACAAGGCAUGGAAGAAAACGUGUGCGUUUUUUUGCGUGAGUGUGCAUUGGUACUAGGCAAAUAUAUGGCAAUAGCAUUCCCAUAAUAUCUCUCUUUGUGUUACUGUUAUAAACGGAUUCCACAGUGACAAACUCAUGUGGGCAAUUCCAUGGUAACUCACAUCACAUUUGGAGGGGGUCUUCCAUCAACUUUGCACUGUUAUUCUAUGAAGUCAAAGCAUUGAGGGUGAAUUUUUCUCACAGCAGAUCCCUUGAAAUGAAGUGACUUAACUAUUUUUAAAAAAAAGGCCAACAACAUAAACUUCUGUCGAUUACUCACUUUACAAGAAAAGGACAUAACAAAAAAUUAUAUGCCCUGCAUUUGAACGGUUCCUCAUACUGUAUACUGAUGGAACCUAUUCCGUACUUCAUCUCACUGCCACAUCACUCAAAUGAAAGUUCUUGUUGUCCCCUUUAAUUUGAUAUCACAUUUGAGGUGCUGCUUGCCCAUGGAAUUGCCCAUAGUCAGUGUGUUUCCACAAAAAUUUCACCACAGGACAGCCUGCAGUUCCAUUUCCAUGGCAAAUAUUAUAGAGAUGGCAACCGCAUGCCCAUGCUUGUGGCAACUGUAGAGGGUAUUGUGGCCUACUAUAAACGAGCUAAGUGAGGAUAUGGUAUCAAAGUCAAGACCCUUAUUAGCUUGAUUCAGUUUCAACUGAAUGGGAACAAAAAUAUAGCAAAGAAAAUGGAAAUGGCACUAUACUGUGUCCUCACCUAUCACUAGUGUCACUGUACAGUGAGUAGUUGCACUGAGGGCCGUUCAGCUAG